CUCGCUUCGGAACAUGGACUCCACAGAGGACGAGCAACUCGAGCGAGUCAACUCACUCCCCGACGUUGAACUGUCAUCGACGAGCUCGAGCGUGAGCCUGUCCUCGGUAAUCACCUCCGAGGACUACAGAAGCGCGACGAGCUCCGGCGAGGUCUCGCGAACGACGACGAGCAGCUCUGGCGAGAUUCGGGCGCUGCUGGUCCCGAGUCUGGUCGACCCAGCGCUCUCGACCGCCGAAGAAGUGAGAGUAGCGGUUGCGCGGCCCAAGUGCGUAGGGAGGAACAACAAGGGAGUGACCUGGGGUUUCACUUCGGUGAUUGGGAGGAGGCGAGAGAUGGAGGACGCCGUCGCUGUGAUUCCAAAUUUCAUGUCUCGCACGUGCGAUCACGUGGGCGGUUGUACGGCGCCUGGUUCCAGAUCCUCCGCCGAGAUCUCACCCGUUCAUUUCUUCGGCGUUUACGACGGCCAUGGCGGCAAUCAGGUGGCUAAAUUUUGCGCUGAGAGGACGCAUGAAGUGAUUGCACAGGAGUGGGAUCGAGAAACGAUUGACGGCUACGAAUGGCGAAGGAAAUGGGAAGCGGCAUUCUCGAUUGGUUUUGAGAGAGCUGACAAUGAGCUCAUGGCAGAGUCAGUUGCGCCGGAGAUGGUUGGAUCAACUGCAGUUGUUGCGGUUCUAUCUGGUUGCCAGAUUAUCAUAUCUAAUUGUGGUGACUCUAGGGCUCUUCUUUGCCGAGGGACCGAAACAAUCCCCUUAACUGUUGAUCAGAGACCGGAUUAUACUUCGCCAAGCUCGGGAUCGGCUCGCCGUCGAAGGACUAUUUUGUCCAGGUGGAUACAGGGAGUGACAUCCUGUGGGUCAAUUGCAUCGACUGCACUAACUGUCCAACGAAAAGUGAUAUUGGCGUGAAGCUCACUUUGUAUGAUCCGAAAGGCUCUUCGAGUUCGAAUGCUGUUACUUGUAAUCAGGAGUUUUGCACGUCGAAAUACAACGGUCAGCUUCCGGGCUGCCGGCCGGACUUGCUCUGCCAAUACGACGUGACUUAUGGCGACGGAAGUGCAACGGUGGGAUACUUUGUGAAGGACACUAUUCAAUUUGACAAGGGGACUAAUGGCAGUGUUGUGUUUGGUUGCGGAGCUAAGCAAUCAGGGCAGCUGGGCAAGUCAUCCGAGGCGCUUGAUGGGAUUCUAGGAUUCGGGCAGGCGAAUUCGUCUGUGUUUUCCCAGCUGGCUGCUUUCCGUUCCAAAAGAGCUAUCAGCCUUCCGUGAAGGUGGAGGAGCACAACUUCUUUAGCAGUGAGGAGGCUUGUAGCUUCUUCUCCGAUGAGCAAGCACCUUCACUUCAGUGGUAUUGUCCUAAUCAAUGGUCUAAACCACCCUGUGAAUUUCCAAUCAAAUCCAAGAGCUCUGCUCCCCUUUUUUUCUGCAACAAAAGAACAUGAAGUCAGUAAGAGAGGUUAAGAGAAAGUGACGGAACACGACAAGGCACUUCUUCCUCUCCAUCCAUGCAGCUCC